CAGAUAGUUUACAUGGAGGCAAGGUGACGACACGGAUCGAUAGGAACGUUCCGUUUCCUUGUUUUAUUUCUAGCUGAGGUUACUGAGUUUAUCAUUUCCAUUUCCAAGAUGAUGAGUGAAAGACUUCAACGCCCGAUGAGCGCGGCAUCUGACGCCCUUUCCUACAUGACCGAUGCUGGUCAAAGCGAUCAUGGAAGUCAAAGAAAAACCGGCCCGUACUUGGAGGGAAAUAUGAAAUUGCUGGAUACAAUUGAGUGCCCGAUUGACAUCAUGUGUUGCCGAUUCAGUGCGGACGGUGCUCACCUUGCUGUGGGACUCUGCGAUGGAUCAAUAAAAAUCUAUAGUCCAGGGACUGGGCAGAUGCUGUACAGUCUCACAGAUCAGGAUACCCAGUGUCAUCGUCUCCCCGUCACACAACUCCGCUUCCGGCCAUACACCAGCUUCGACAAGCCAGAGUACACACACAUCCUCAUUGCUUCAUAUGCAUCAGGUCACGUCAAAUUCUGGCACUACACGUCCGGUAAAUGUCUUCACACCAUCAAUGAGAUCCGCCAGGUCUUGGCUCUGGCCCUCAACCCUGACGGAACGCACUUCCUCACCGCCGGAGCAGACCCUGAAAUACACCUGUAUGAUAUCGAGACCAAGAAACUGAAGAAAACAUUUGAACCCAGUGAUGCUCGAGACAUUAUGGAUGGCCAUCGGUUCCGAGUAUUUGCUGCCCAAUUCAACCCUAAUCAACCGGACCUGUUUAUCACUGGUGGAUGGGACGAUACCGUUCAGUAUUGGGAUGUGAGAGUUCCACAUGGCCAUGCCGUCAAGAAGUUCUGUGGCCCUCACAUCUGUGGUGACGCCCUUGACAUAGACCAACUACACAACCACAUCCUUACUGGGAGUUGGAGGAAGCACUCGGUCCUUCAGAUCUGGGAUUUCUCCCUGGGAGCUAAGAUUAAGGAUGUACCGCAGGACACCCUCAACUCUAGUCAGCUAUACUGUGCCCAGUGGCUAGGCAAGGACAGCAUCAUCUGUGGAGGAACAGAUCAGAAUAUGGCCAGGAUUAUAGACAGAGGGACACUCAAUACCACCGGUCAGCUUGUAGACCUACCUCAGGGCGUCUACUGCAUCGACAAUGACCGCCAAGGCAGCUACCCCCGCAUCGCCAUCGGCAGCAGUCGCUACAUCUUCCUCGUCCGCAGCGACAAGAAAAGUCAUUACAGAGGAGACUGAUAGCAAGGCAUCUACAGGAGCAAGGCAUCACCACCACAGCAGACUUCCUCCAUCUGUGAUCAGAAUCGUUUUAAACCAGAAGUGAAGACAUAUUUUUCAGCUUGAUAUCAACAAGUUUCAUGUUUGAAUUAUUUCGGUAGUGAGAUGGCUACAAGUCUAAAGGUGAUUGUCUUGGUGUCAUGUCCUUCUCCCAGUCGCCCACUAGAAUACCUCAGGACCUUCAGUAAUAUGAAGUCUUAUCCUCAUUUGGCCAGUCAAAAACAUGUUCCUAAGUUAUAAUGUGUGUAAAAAAAAUUCUUUUUAACACUGAAGGCAUUAAGGUGGCAUUAUGGUUAAUGCCAGUCCUGCCGAAAGUCCAGGUUUGAUUCCCCACAUGGGUACACAGGGCUGUUCCUGGUGCCUUCCCACCAUAAAUUGAUAAUGCAUUUCUGAACACUGUGGGCAGCAGAUUUCUGUUUUCAAAAAUACCGGUGUUGUAGCUUGGCAUGCCCUCAUCUUGCAUGACGACCACAGUGUGUGCUAGAUACUUGUCAGUUCUAUAUAUCGUAUAUGUGAGUGGAGAUGAUGACAAGUUAGAUGUCAUAUGUUGUGUACAGUCUCCAGCCACCAGAUGAGUCUUUUGGACAAACACAGAUGCUUCAAAUAUGGGAUGCUGCUACAAAUAAGCACAAAUACUCCUUUCAUGACAAAAUUUUGAUGGUUUAAAUAAUGUUGACCAGGAUCCAUGUAAAUAGUGUUAAUUUAUGUAUAAGGAUAGGCUGACCUUAUUGGACAUUGUUACUGGACACAACUUCUGACAGUCUCUGAAGUGAUGGACUGUGAUUCAUGUUGUUAGUUGUUUCUCUGAAUUUGUUUUCAAACAUUGUCCAGUUUUUAUGAAGUAUCUAUAGAAGUUAUAACACAUUAUUCAACUAUACUGUACCAAACUGCUGUGGUAGGCUAGCUUGCUGAAACUGAUUACACUGAGAAUAUCAAACCACAAGAAAUAUAUGAUGUUUCUUCUCCUAAAACUAAAAUGAAGCCAACAUACUGCAAAGGAACUGAAACAAUUUUAGGGUUUCUAGCAUUCUUUGGUGAUAGAAAAGCAGAAUGUUACUUUUUUUAUAGAAUUUGCUUCAUGGCACACUGUAAAAUUUAUGUUUGUUGUGAACAUAUUUAUUCUUGACAUAUAGGUUAUUUUAGAUGUGUUAUAUGUACACACCACCAGGCCUUCUCUGUAACUGGAAACCCUGACCAGUCUUCUGUACUUCACAGCACCGCCAACCAUCACAGACUCGGUUCACUCAGAUUCUUAUUAUUACAGUAAAGUAAUUUUCUUCCAAAUUUAUACAAAAUAUCAACCAGGGUCCAGCUCAUGUUUCUUUUUACUUUAUGUCCUGCUCAGGAAAUGUAUGUACAGCAACUGUUGAAUGUUGUAAGUCACAGUGUCUGAAUGUGUGUCGGGAGUGUCUGUGGUGUACUCCAUCAAGUAAAGAAAGAUUUAAGGAAAGAUGGCAAUGCGUGAAGCAUUUGUCUUCAUCUGAAAACACACUUUUAUUCAUUUCCUCCAGAUUGUUAACCAUUUGUUUAUUAUUUGUCAUGAACAGUAUGACAAUCACACAUAUUAAAAUCCAUCUGUGCAUAUAUUUAUGUCUUUACUUUGAAAUAUGAAAUCCAUUGUGAAACCAUUAUUCAGAACUGUCCAGUCGCUGUGAGGCUGUUUUCAGUUCCAGGAAAUAUAUAGAAAUGCUAGAUCAUGUUUUACUGGCUCACAGGCUUGGUAGUUAAAAGUCAAUGUUUGCAAAAAAUACACCUUUUAAAAUAUUUUAUGACAUUAGAAUAUUACUCUGAAAUAUGAUUACAUUGAACAAGCUCACAUGCUAACUUAUGAACAAUAUGGAUGAGUAUAGCAGUCCUAAACAUACAGUUUCUCACAUUGCUUCUUGUGAAAACUGGUUAAUGUUUUAAUGUCUUAAUGUUGUUUGUUCCAAGAAGUUCUUGCUAAACGAACUGUCCAUUUUUCUUGCCAGUCAUGUACAUGAAGUCUUUGUGGUUUGCUGGGUGGAUCGAACAAGAUGACCAGUUCAUAACAGUAUUCUACUAGCAAGGAUUUCGCUGGUAUUAUAAAAAAAUUUCAGUGUUAUUUGAGAACUUUAACGUUUCGUCCAAGAUAUAUAUAUCGAUGACAUGCUGAUAAUAGUGACAUUAUAAAGUGAAAGAAUUUUGUGGGCCUUAAUGUCUUUAUGGGUGGUCUUGGACUUUUCAAGUGACAAUGAGACUUUGAAUGAGUGAUAUCUUAAAUUUUUGUUAUCAUGGUACUGAUGUUUCAGUACCUCAAAUGAUGGUUAUCUAACCAAUUCCUUGUCUUUGUUUCAUGGUAGGAAAAUACAUGCUGUUUUUCUACUAAAUAGUAACUUCAAUCACAGGUAGUGUGUUCCGUGAAUGUAAAUAAUCAUCAUUCAGGUAACAUUACAGGUAACUAAUUAAGCGGACAGGUCAUUUACAGAUGGCAAUAUUGUUGUAAAUGUGAAAGUCGACUCCCCUCAGAACAGAAGAUAGUGCACACAGAACAUAUACAGAGACAACACCAAGAGAUGCUGCUGAGUUUCGGCUCUCUUCAUCACGGUCUGUUCUAUGAUAGUGUGAUGUUCAAAAUAAAGUCUCCACUUUUCUUUCUUUCUUUCUUUUUUCUUUAUGUUUUGGUGCAUAUCAAGGUGAUAAAAAAAGACCCGUGAUUUAGUCAGGACACAGGUAGCCAAGUGGAUUGUGCCAAGUCAUUCCUGAGUUCUGUUUAAAGAUGACCAGGGAGACAAGUGUCACUUCAAUACCAGAUUAAUGGCUUCAGCUGACGUUAGUGUGUAAGUUAUUACCUCUCUCAUUUAUAUGUGCUGUCAAACAUUUCCAGAUGCAGAUCCGAUGUAUUUUAGUACUUACUGUUAGUCAACACGCUGUUCACGUGACUGUUUUUGUUAAAGGUACUUGUGACAAACAAUGUUUAUGUGGGGAUUCCAUAUUGAGUUGGCCUCCAGAAAAGUAGGUAAGCUUGUUGUAGAAGGCAGAGUAAUGGAUAAACGGCACAGGCUUGGUUUCUAUUGAUUGCGAUUCAUGCUGUAACUGUACUUAGAUGUGUAUUUUGCUGCCAUGAGCUUAAUCUUUUUGUGCCUCACAUCACACGGACAGGUGCAAAUUAGGAGUUACCUGAAGGUCAUUUUAAUCCGAAGUUUGUGUAAAAUAGGAUCACUCACUGGUUUAAUAAUGCCUUAUAGACUAGACCGAAAGGAGUUGAUGUAUAUUGAACUCCUAAAGAAAGGUAUCAAUAUCCUCAGUGAAUGAUAACAUGUGAAUAAAUAGUCAAAUUCUGACAACUACAUGACGGUUGUGAAACCAAAUGCCAGUAAUAUUACAUUACACGUGUCGAUUCAUUUGAGAAAAGCAUUUCUCUCUUGUAGCCACUCAGUGAAUUUGUUUGUUUGUUUAUUUGAAAUAGAAUGCUUUAAUUGUUUACAUAGAUUAGGUCCUGUUUUUUAUUAGGUCUGUGAUUGUUGAUAUACUGAUAAUUUAAUGGAUUUAAUUAUAUUUUUGUUACAUGCAAAUUUACAGCAAUAUCUAUUGUACAUUGCCCUGAAUGAUUAAAUCUAUUUUGAUCAGA